UUGGCAGUCCUCUGGCUGCUUUGGCAGUCCUCCGGCUGCUUUGGCAGUCUUCCGGCUGCUUGGGCGGUCUUCCGACUGCUUAGGCGGUCUUCCGGCAGCUUGGGCGGUCCUCUGACUGCUUCGGCGGUCAACCGGCUGCUUCGGCGGUCAACCGGCUGCUUCGGCAGUCCUCCGGCUGCUUCGGCAGUCCUCCGGCUGCUUCGGCAGACCUCCGGCUACUUCGGCAGACCUCCGGGUGCUUCGGCAGUCCUCCGGGUGCUUCGGCAGUCCUCCGGCUGCUUUGGCAGACCUCCGGGUGCUUCGGCAGUCCUCCGGCUGCUUCGGCAGUCCUCCGGCUGCUUCGGCAGUCCUCCGGCUGCUUUGGCAGUCCUCCGGCUGCUUCUGCAGACCUCCGGCUGCUUUGGCAGUCCUCCGGCUGCUUCGGCUGCUUGA